UUUGGGGAAGUAUACUUUCUCCAUGCCACCUCAAGUUUUUCAACCCCUUCAUCAGCUGCUCUGUGCGGCCUCUCGUCUUCUACUUCAGCCAGCCAGCAGCGUGGUGAGUUCCUCAUAUGAGCGCCCUCACCCAUGCUAAUGGUGUACCCGUUUGUCGGAUUUACAAGGACCCAGAAGCAAUCUACGGCGAUGCCAAAACCCAAGGCGCCACAGUUGCUUUCAAUGUUCAGGACUCUUUGGUUAUGCCCAUAGCCUACUCCGACGUUGAGAAACUCGCAGACGAACACAACAUCUACCUCCGUUCUAGUGGUCUGUGCAAUCCGGGAGGAAUCGCGACCUUCCAAAACUUCACUGCCUCAGAUGUGAAGGCGAUAUUUGCUCUUGGCCAUCGCUAUAGCAAACCGCUUACGCCAGAAUUGCUCGGGGGAAAGAUGCCUGGGGUUGUACGCGUCUCUUUGGGUGCUAUGAGUACGUUCUCUGACGUAGAUACUUUCCUCGCUUUCAUGUCAGAGCAAUACGUCGAGAAGUAUCAACCGAUUGAGAGAUCGCCGACGGUACUGGAGCCAGUGCACCUUUUAAGGCCAGCGAACCUCCCCUGCAUCUACCAUCCACCGCAAAUUCGGCUUUCGUGGAAGAGCCUGCAAGUCGCUCUGUCCAGGAGGGCGAACAAAAGCUGCUCGCUCAGGUUAAAGCCAGCAUGCGUUUGAUGCGAGCGUUUCCUUCCUUUGGCAGCCAUGUCAACAAUCCGAUCGCUAUUUCAGCGUAGUUCUGCCCAGGCGGCCCUGGCAAGAAGGUAGGACCUUAUACCAUUAUGCACAUAUCGUCAUUUUCUGCUUACUUCAGCGUUACCCUAUAACGUGUUCUACAUGCAUGUGGUGGUUACAAGCGAGUGGUGGCGCUUAAUUUUUGGUGCGAUUUGGACGUUUUGACACCCCAGCAAUCUCAACAAC